UAAUCUUAUUAAUAAAGAAAUUUCAAGAUUAAACAAUUUUUAUAUUAAAAAACUAAUCGCACAAUCAUCAUAGCUAAAUGACACCUACAUUUUCAAAUCGUUAUUACUUAUCAAAUUUGACCAAUACAAGUCAAUUUCCAUAUCCCGGUUACGCAUUUAAUCAUAAUCCACAUUCACAACAACAUCUACAUUCAAAUUAUUAUCAUUAUCCAAAUAAUAAUCAAACAUUACAAGUUGAUACAUUAGGUUUUUCAUCACCAACAUCAUCUUCGACAUCAUCAUCAUCAACACCUAUUCGAUCAUCAAUCAAUAAACCAGAUUAUUCAUCUGAAACUGAUCGUCAAGAAUCAAUUUCUAAAUAUAAAGUAAAUACAGAAAUUGAUACAACAUAUAGUGAUUCAUACGAAUCACUUAUACAAUCAAAUCAAUCAAUUGUUCAAACUGUACCGACAAAUCUUGAAAAUUUAAUUAAUAAAAAAUUACAAAGACCAUCGCCAACAUCAACACCUAUUAGCAAUAUUAGUACAACUGAAGAUUUAUCAUUGUCUUCCAAUUCUAUUCGUUCAUCGACACCUACAUCACCAUCAUCUAAUAUUAAUCAUACUCAUCAUCAUCAUCAUCAUAACAAUCAAACCGCUGUUUUGGAUAUUGCUGGCUAUCGAACACAACCUCCAACAUCAUCAUCAUCAUCGCUUCAAUCUCAUUACCGUAAUCAACAACAACAAUCAUCAUCAUCAUCAUCGGUUGCAAAUUUUUCGGGCGAUUUUUCAACAAGAUCGGCAAAUAGCCAUACAAAUUUUGCAUCACAAUCAAACAUGAAUAGCAGCCAUCAUGCAAUGUCUGCAUAUCUUAAAUCAAAUCCUUAUGCUAUGAAUGGAAUAGCUGGUAUAACAUCACCAAGCGAUCUAUUACAUCCUGGUUAUCCUGGCCUGUUUUCAGGAACAUUAUCACCCAAUGGACCAAAUCAACCACCACGAAAACAACGCCGUGAACGUACGACAUUUACUCGUGCUCAAUUGGAUAUAUUGGAAGCAUUAUUUGGUAAAACACGAUAUCCAGAUAUAUUUAUGCGUGAAGAGGUAGCUUUAAAAAUUAAUCUACCCGAAUCUAGAGUACAGGUAUGGUUUAAAAAUCGACGAGCUAAAUGUCGUCAACAAGCUCAACAAGCCCAAAAUGGUAAUCAAAAUGCAGCAAAUAAGAAUCGUCCUAAAAAAUCAAAAAGUCCUACGGCUACCGGAUCAUCAACUAGUUCUCCACCAGCAUCAAUUAAUCGCGAUUCACCAUACAAACCACCCUCAUUGAAUAGUAUUACAUCAAGUAGUAAUAGCACCGGAUCACUUUGUUCAUCAGUCACAUCAAACAAUUCAAGUGCCAACAUGUCAUAUAGUUCAAUAUGGAGUCCGGCAGCGAUAGCACCCGUAUCGGAUCUUAUGGCCGGCAAUAGCUGUAUGCAACGAGCAACGGCAGCCUAUCAUCACCAUCAAAUGGCAAGUAAUGCACCAAAUACUAGUGGCCCUUGUUAUCCAUCGCAAGGAUAUGGCCAUCCGUCCGCAUAUCAUUAUGGUAACGCAAUGGAUUAUCAUGCCAUGUCGGCUAUGCCAUCCAUGUCACAUCAUCAUACACAAUUAGGAGCAUCGAUGAGUUCAGCAUCAUUAGCAAAUCAAAUGGCAGCCGGUGGUCCACCACCAAUGAGCGCACAUAUGAAUCCAAUGUCUUCACAUUCUAGCCUACAUGCUAGUAGCCAUGUACCAUCAUCACAAUCACGAACAUCACCACCGAAUGGAUCAUUAUCAGGAGGUCAUAAUGAUUGUAUCGAUUAUAAUACGGAAAAGGCUAAUUGGAAAUUUCAAGUGUUAUGAAAACAAAAAUUCGCUUUUGAAUAUUCAUCAAUCAAAAUCCCACAAAAUUUAAAAUUCUCUCAUAAAAAAAACCGUGAUUUUCAUCAUCAAUAUGAUCU